AUGCCAAACCGCUUCUUACAGAGCGGCACUGACCGUGGCGUUGAUGGUGGUGGUGGAACAGGUCCUGAUAGUCGAAGCAGGAUCAUCAGUGGCUCAGGACAUACCCACCCUUCUUCCCUGGAAUGCAAGGCUGGAGCCCACUUAAAAGGGCAGGCUGUUCUGCAAACAGGAAGGCAGUCCGUGCAGAAGAAGUCUGGGAAACUGGCACCCAUGUUCCCAGUCCCUGGCUUCGCACUGACCUCCCAAGAGCAGGCAGACACUCUUGGAUCUGCUUGCACUUCUAGGGGCUCACGCUCCUUCACCCUUUCAAUGAACCCUCGCCUGCGUUCCUGCCUGUACCGUGGCUGCUAUGGUACCAUCAUGACCAUGGAGACCUCUGCUGCUACCUGUGAUAUCACCGGGGUGAUUGCCGGCAGCAUCUGUGGUUUUGAAAUGUUUGCUGAGAUGGAUUUGAAGGUCUUCAAGUCUUACAUUCUAAUCAAAGAAGUCAGGCUGAGGCACUGCAUGGACCCUGCUCUCACUGCAGCCAUCAUUUCCAGAGAAAGCCAUGGCGGAACCAUCCGGCAAGACGGCUGGGACCACAAAGGACUUAAAUUUGGCUUGACGCAGGUACAAAAAAAAAUCCAUCGACCUGUUGGUACCUGGGACAGCAAAGAACACCUUUUGCAGGCUGUUGGGAUUCUCACAGACAGAAUUAAGGCAAACCAGAAAAAAUUCCCCACGUAGAGUGUGGCUCAAUACCUCAAAGGUGGUCUCUCAGCCUUCAAGUCAGGAACUGAAGCCACUGCCACCCCCGCGGACAUAGAUGACGUCAUCAGUGAUACUAUAGCUCGAGCUAAAUUCUAUAAGAGACACGGCUUCUAG